AUGCCUUCCUCCUCCUCCGUCAAUCCGGAAAACGGCGUCGCCGCCGCAGCUGAACUCCUCGCCUCCUACGCUGCCAUGCCAACGAGGGCCACGGACGCCGAGAGCUUCGUCUCGUUCCCGCGCACCCAGGACGAGGUCGACGCGCUCUGCAAGAUGUACGGCGUACCCAAAGAGUUCACCGCGCGCCCCGCAGGCGACCUGCGCGCGAACUCUACGCCGCCGCCGGGCUCCAUCUGCGUGUACGCGCGCGCGCUGGAGGCCGGGAUGCGCGUCCCGCUGCACGGCUUCUUCCGCGACGCCCUCGCCCACUUGGGCGUCGCGCCGGCCCAGCUCACGCCCAACGCGUGGCGCUUCAUGGCGGGCUUCCACGCGCUCUGCCACUCCGCCAGCGUGCCUCCGUCGCUCGCAGUGUUCCUGCGCUUCUUCACCCUGUACGCAUUCGACAGCAAGCACAAGAAAGGGUGGUACUUUUUCCGAUGCAGGCGGGACAACUCCAGCCUGCGCUUCAGGGGGUUGCCCAAGUCGGAUUCCAACUCCAUCAAGGACUGGAAACACGAGUUCUUCUUCCUCUCGUCGCCGGAGCCGUGGCCUUGCGCCGUGGAGUGGGGCGAGCCGUCCAAGCGCUCCUACAGAGACCUGAGGCUCACCGUUGAGGAAAACAAAUCGGUGGUGAAGCUGCUAAGUGCUCACGGUGGCGCCGCUGUUGAUCUCAGGAACCUGCUCCCUGCUGGGUGCUCAGGGGAGCGCUGCCGUCUCUGCAACAGCUACCCCGCCGUCUCUGCCGCCGUGAUAACCACAGCAUCCCCGCCGCCGCCGCUGCCUUCUUCAACUCGUAUGGAUCCCUCCGUCCACGACAUGAUGAAGACUAUGCUCAAGGAGAAAGCGGCCGCGCAAGCGUCGGCGCUGGCGAAGAAGAGGACUUGGGAGGAAGCCGACGGCGGACAAUCGCCACCUCUUUCACUGCUGUCCAGCGUGCACUCGCCACCGCCACAGCACUUCCCCAGCAGGCACGACGGACACACGGAGCUGCUGCAGGGAGCCGUCGCACAGCAGCUGGCCAGGGAGCGCGAGGCCGCGGCGCUGCGGGAGCAGCUGGAGGAGGCGAAGAAUGAGCUCGCCGCGGCCAAGAGAGCGGCGGACGCGGAGCGGGAGAAGGCUAAGUCUGAGUUCGCCGCGGCGGGAGCGGAGCUGGAGAAUACCAAAGCCGAGCUCACGGCGGUGGAGGGGGAGGUGGUGAAGACGAAGGCCGAGCUCUCCGCGUCUCUGGCGGAGGCUGAACUCGCCGCGGCAAAGCAAGCGGCGGAGGCGGUGAAGACAAAGGAGGAGCUCGCCGCGGCUCGGGCGGAGGUGGUGAAGACGAAGACCGAGCUCGCCGCGGCUCGGGCGGAGACGGUGAACACCAAGGUCGAGCUCGCAGCGGCUCGGGAGGAAGUGGUAAAGACGAAGGCCGAGCUCGCCGCUGCAAAGCGAUCCAACGCCGUGCUCACUGCCGCGGAGACUGAGCUGGUGAAGGUGAAGGCCAAGCUUGCCGCAGCGGAGGCGAGGUUGGAGAGCGCCAAGGCGGCAGCGGUGCAGCAGCUCCUGGCCUCCGAGGAGAACGUGCGGCAGCGCGCGGAGGACGCGCUGGAGGGAUACAGGCGCUGGCGAGGUCGUCACGCUCCGGCCGGCCGUGCCGCCUGA